AUGGCACAAACAGCAGUACGCAACCUGAUCCACGGGCACCAGCCGGCCCACUUCACGACGUACGACGUAGUGCACCCGCAGCACGGGCUAGUGCACGCGGUCGAGCGCUCGACCGAGACGGACGUGUUUGCCGCCAUCGGCGCGGCGCACCGCGCGAGCCUGUCCUGGCGGCAGACGAGCCUGGCCGAGCGCACCGAGAUUGUGCGCAAGGCGGCCGACCUGCUCGCGGACGACGGCUCGGGCUGGCGCCGGCGCAUCGACGACGCGAACGAGGCGGAGACGCCCGUGUCGCCUAAAUGGCUGGGCGUGUUCGACGUGCCUGCCUUCAUGAGGGGCUUGGCGGACGUCGCGGAGCGCGCGCUCGCCGACGAGGAGGUCAAGGCGAACGGAUGCCGUACGGCGUCUGCCUCGCCAUGGCGGCGUGGAAUGCGGUGGGUAGCGAGUCUGGACGUGGCCAAGCUGACCUACCAGGCCACGAUCCUCAUGAUGCGCGCGACCGUCACCCCCUUGCUGGCGGGCAACACGGUCGUCUUCAAGACGUCCGAGACGACGCCGUACACCCAGACGCUGGUCGCUCAGCUCCUCCACGAGGCGGGCGUGCCGAAGGACGCGCUCGUCGUGCUCCAUGUCGCGGUGGAGGACGCGCCCAAGCUCGUGCAGGUGCUCAUCUCGGACAAGCGGGUGCGCCACGUCAACUUUACCGGCUCGACGCGCGUGGGCUCCAUCAUCGCACGCACGGCCGGCGAGCACCUCAAGCCCGCGAUCGUCGAGCUGGGGGGCAAGGCGCCGCUCGUGCUCCUGCCCGACGCGGACCUCGAUGUGGCGGCGAGCAAUAUCAUCGCCGGCGCGCUCCUCAACGCGGGGCAGAUCUGCAUGUCGACAGAAAAGGUCAUCGUCCCGGCAACAAUGUACCCCGCGCUCGUCGUGGCGCUGCGCGAAGAGUGGAGCAGCUACGAGGGCAAGGCCGCGCGCGGGGUGGCGAGCGCGACAUCAGGCGACCGGAUCAAGAAGCUCGUCACGGACGCGCUGGACAAGGGCGCGAAGAACAUCCUCCCCUUCCCCAGCUCUGCGGCGUCGCUGCCCCCGGGCAAAGUCUACCCGUCCAUCCUGGGCGGGGUGACGCGCAAGAUGCGCCUGUACACCGAGGAGUCGUUCGGGCCGACGCUCGCGAUUGUCGCGGUGCCGGACGAGGGGCGCCGCGAGACGAGCGUCAUCCACGACCUGGUCCAGAUUGCGAAUGAUACAGAGUAUGGACUGAGCGCGGCCGUUUGGGGCAAGGACGUGGCGCGCGCGAGGGCCGUCGCGAGGGGCAUCGACGCGGGCGCGGUGCACAUCAACACGAUGACGCCAGGCGACUCCCCCCUCGUACCGCAUGGAGGGUGCAAGUCGUCCGGAUGGGGACGGUUCAACGGCGUCGAGGGCCUGCGGGCGUUCACCCAGGUGAGGGAGAGCCACCCGCACACGCUGACGACAAGGUACGCAGCAUUGAAGUCCCGGAUGCAGGCGCGCAGCGCGUCCCGCUGCACCUGUUUGAUCUCCCGGCUACGCGCCCUCUUCCCCCCAAGCCUCCCCAUCACGAUCGAGCACGUCGGGUCUACCUCGGUGCCCGGGCUCGCGGCCAAGCCGAUCCUCGACAUCGACAUUGUCGUCGCCGCGUCCGACCUCGCGCAGGGGAUAAGCGUGCUCAAAGCAGCAGGGUACGAGCACAGAGGGGACCAGGGCGUGCCGAGCCGCGAGGCGUUCCGGCUCCCAGCCGCACCGGCCGCGAGUGGGCCACGCGUGAACCUGUAUCUGUGUGUCGACGGCGUCCUCGCACUGCGCAACCACCUCGCGGUGCGCGAUGUGCUCCGCGCCGACGACGCGCUGCGGGACGAGUAUGCCGCGACCAAGUACCGCCUGGCGAGCACCCAGGGCAUCGAUAUGGACAGUUAUGUCGAGGGCAAGAGCGAGGUGCUGGGGCGUAUUCUGGCCAAGGGCGGGAUUGGCGCCGCGGAGCUCGCGCAGAUCGAGGAGGUUAAUCGCGAUACGAGGUAG